CCGUUAAGGCGGGUCUAUACCAAUAUUCCGACCACCAUUUGUGAAUCUCUCACGGAGACGGAGGGAGACAGACAGAGAAAGAAAAAAUGGCUGAUCAACUCACAGAGGAGCAAAUAGCUGAGUUCAAAGAGGCGUUCUCGCUAUUUGACAAAGAUGGGGAUGGCACCAUCACCACAAAAGAGCUGGGCACUGUCAUGCGCUCUCUUGGCCAGAACCCUACAGAGGCGGAGCUGCAGGAUAUGAUCAAUGAGGUGGAUGCAGAUGGUAAUGGAACAAUAGACUUCCCUGAGUUUCUGACGAUGAUGGCAAGAAAGAUGAAGGACACCGACAGCGAGGAGGAGAUCAGAGAAGCUUUCCGUGUCUUUGAUAAAGAUGGGAACGGAUAUAUCAGUGCUGCUGAGCUGCGCCAUGUGAUGACGAACUUGGGGGAGAAAUUAACAGAUGAGGAGGUGGAUGAAAUGAUUAGAGAAGCAGACAUUGAUGGAGAUGGCCAGGUCAAUUAUGAAGAAUUUGUACAGAUGAUGACAGCGAAGUGAAGGCCUUGUACAGAAUUUCUUGUAUAAAAUUAUCUGCCUUUUCUUGUUUUUAAUUUCUGUAAAAUGUUUCAUUUUAAUUUCUCCCCAUCCUCUCCUGCUGUCCAAAGGAUCUGCAUGUAUACUAUAAGAUUUGAGUGCUCAUGCCUUCCCCCAACUCCUAAUCAUCGUAAACAGUCUGUUAGAAGGAGCAGUUUUGGGACCAGGUGAUACGUAUAGGCACAGAUACUGACUACGCACAGGCCCCUUUUCCACUUCUUUUGCUCUGUCUGCCUGCCAUCAAGGGUCCAGCUGACGGACAGUGUGGUGUCAUUUCAACUAUGUUUGGCAUGAUUCUUUUUUCUUCUCUUUUGAUUUUAUGUGGAGGUGCAACUCUGCAUGGACAAUGGACUGAGUAUAAAUAGAAAUGGGAA